CACGCGUUAUCACACACAAGUGGAGUUUGUGACUGUUGCAACCCCCACCCCCAUUCUCGAACUCUGUUUGCGGCACGAGGUUACAGGCUCCGCGAAAUCGAAUCAGGUACCCGUCCGUCGUAUCAUGACCCGCUAGACUCUGGAACUCUAUCGUAGAAAGACUUCAAGUCUCGUGAUUCAGUACAAAGGUGAUUUGACAUCUAUGUGAACUUUUUUGCGCUGAACAUCACACACGUAACUAGUAUAGCUUCCUCCCCAUUUCGAAACUCCUUCCCUUAACGACUUACAACAUAUCCCUUGCUCAGAAUGUCAAAGUUCUCACUGGCUGGCCGCUUAGCCGUCGUUACUGGGGGAGGUCGAGGCUGCGGUUUCGCGUUUGCCCAGGGGUUGGCCGAGGCGGGUGCCGAUGUUGCCAUUUUCGACGUGAUUGAACCCUCUGCUCCUGAUGUCGAACAGCUGAUUUCCAGCUAUGGGGUCCAGAUCAAAUCUUACAUUGUGGAUGUAACCGCGUUGUUGAGUCUAAAAGAAGGUUUCGCCGCUGUGGCUUCAGACUUCAACAACAGACUAGACAUCCUGGUUGCAUGCGCAGGGGUCAACAAGAAUGUGCAUUUCCUCGACACAGAAGAGGAGGAUUUUGACAAGUUAUUCGCCGUCAAUGCUAAAGGUGUUUACUUCUCAGCAAAACUGGCGGCUCAAGCAAUGAUCGGAAACAAGACCAAAUGCGGAAGUAUUAUUCUCGUGGCUAGUAUUGCUUCGCACAUGGCUAUUCGGUCUCAAAGGUCGACAGCUUACUGUGGUACUAAGGGUGCGGUGAGAGCAAUGGUUGCGCCGAUUGCUGCAGAGCUUCAUGAGCAUGGGAUCCGAGUAAACUCAAUCAGCCCUGGCUAUGUCAAGACAGCGAUGACAGCACCAUUCCCAGACUUGAUUGAGGGAUGGAAGGACGAGAUCAUGAACCGCCGUGUCGCGGAACCUGACGACAUCAAGGGAGCCUGUGUCUUUCUGGCCAGUGAUGCCAGCGCGUAUUGCACGGGCUCCGAUAUUCUUGUUGAUGGAGGUGUAACGAAGUGGUAAUGUCAUUAUCCCAACAUCUUCGGAAUUGCAGAGGGCAAAGCAACGAAAUGGAAAACUUUAUUAUUAUUAGCCAGUACUUGAACGUUUGAGGCAUGCAGUUCGUGGCGCACUGCAGCAACGGUUUCAAGGGUUCUAUACCAGUCUCCUGGGUAUGUGUUCCGAUGUUGCCGGAGAAAGGGCCCUGUAAACCUUCCAUGCCCGAUGUCAGCUGACGAAUUGGCAACGCUGGCAUGCCGGCUGGAAGGCGGAUCAUAGGCUGAUCAUCAAAUACAUGGCUUGACAUGUCUUUCAACUAUUUGUUUGAGGCAUAAUAAAUGCU